AUGAAGCCCUGUACGAUCAGCCUCAAGCAUGCUGUUGUCGCAGUCACAUGGGCAGCGUUAGCAUGGGCUAUUAGUGCUGCUCCUUCUGGAAAGUCCAGCGAGGCUACCGUACCCAAAUAUUUCCAUGAGAGUCCCUACGAUGUCCACUAUGAUGCCCGGUUCACCCGCGCAAUUCUCGAAGACCCCGAGCAGAGAGAGGCCAUCAAGGUCUUAGUGCAGACGUAUCUGGCAACGUUUAGAGACUUGGGCGUCCAAACAUGGCUGAUGCAUGGCACUCUGCUUGGGUGGUGGUGGGGGAAGAAGGUUAUGCCGUGGGACUAUGAUGCGGAUGUUCAAAUCACAGAGGCAGACAUGUACUACCUCGCUGCUUAUCACAACAUGACCGUAUACUAUUACAAGUACGGCGGCAUGGACGAGGGCCGGUACUUCCAGCUUGAGAUCAAUCCGUACUUUAAACACCGAGAGCAAGACGACAAAUCUAAUGUCAUUGAUGGCCGGUGGAUUGAUAUGCAGAACGGACUCUACAUCGACAUUACUGCGGCACGAUAUGAUUUGGAUCACGAAGAAGGAGAAGGCAUUUUAUACGACAAAUAUGGUCAUGAAUAUCGGGAUACCUACGUCUUCCCCCUACGAGACACAACCUUUGAGGGCGUGCCCUGCAAGAUCCCCUAUCGUUAUCAAGACAUGCUGCAGGCUGAAUAUGGGAAGAACGCUUUGACAAACACAGAAUUCCACGACCAUCGAUUCGACGACGAAGCAAUGAAAUGGGUUGCCAUUGACAAGCCUUCAGCAGAGGCGGAGGCACAGCAAGAUUUAUAA